GAAUCAUUUGAUUUUUAUAAAUCUUUAAAUUCUUAUAUUCCUGAGUUACAGUUACAGUCUAAAACCUUUUUCUCUUCAAUCCUGUUUUUACUCCACUCAUUUAACACUAUUAAAUUAUUCCCACCUAUUAUUUUUUUUUUUUUUUUCUGUCGAGAGAAAUGAAUCCGCCGAAUAUGCAGGAGAAGCCCUUCAAGUACUCCGUGAGUACGACGGUCACAACGAAGCUGGUUCCGUCGCCGCCGUCUCGCGGUGGCGGCGCGUUGGGCACCAGAACCCCACGCGUGGUGAGGAUUUCCGUUACGGACGGCGACGCCACGGACUCCUCCGGCGAUGAGUGUGGUGACAUGAGGUUUCGCCACGUGAGGAAGCACGUGCAGGAGAUCAGAGUGGAGGCGGAGAGUGUUUACUACGCGAAUAAUGGGAUGCAGAAGAAGAAGAGGGCGGCGCCGCCGCGGGGUCCGCCGCCGGACGAGAAGGGGAAGGCGAAGAAGUUCCGGGGUGUGAGGCAGCGGCCGUGGGGGAGAUGGGCCGCCGAGAUACGCGACCCAAAUCGACGGGGGAGGGUUUGGCUGGGGACUUACGACACGGCGGAGGAGGCGGCUAUGGUGUACGACAAGGCGGCGAUUGGUAUACGCGGCCCCGAUGCUAUGACAAAUUUUAUACAGCCACCGAGAAUCGCCACGGCGGAGGCGGCGGCGGCGGUUACGUCGGUUUCCGGCGAUGAUUCGGCGGCGAAGGAGGAAGCAUGUGAGAACCCCUCCUCCUCGCCAACGUCUGUUUUGAGGUUUACUACUAAUGGCGGUGCGAAUAUGUCGGAAUCUGAAUUUAAAAAUAAUAAUAAUAAUGACGUGGAAAAUCGGACGGCGAGAAAUGAGUUUCUGAUAGGCGACUGUCUACCGUUGGAUGAAUCUUUCUUAAACAGUCUCUCGGAUUUCCAGCCACACGCGCCGUUGAUUUUUGAUUUUCCGGAGCAAGUUUUGGGGGAUGGAUCCAAUUUUCAUUUGGGUGAAGAUAUUGAUUCAUUCAAAUCUGAUUUAAAUGAUUUCUUUGAUUUUAAUGAUUUCGAUGACCAAUUUUUGUUUGCUUGAAGAUUUUCUUGGCAAGAGAAAAAAAUCUUGUAUAUAUAUAUUUCUAUAUAUAUAUUUGGUAUUCUAU